GUGAGGGGCGCGUGUGGCGCGUUAGCGGUAGGACGGUGGCCGCGCGGGGAGCUCAGGGCAUGGUGGUGCACAUCAUGUCCAAACUGAGGGUGUCCCGUGUGGGGCUUGGGAUACUGCUGGGUGCGGCUGCAGGGAUCGGGUUCUUGUAUGUGUUCUACAAACAGAGGCGGAAAAGGCCCUGGUGGGGACGCAGCUCCAGGCACUCUGGGGUUCAGUACAUGCAGAACUCUGUGGGGCCCCAUGAAAAUGCAGAGACUCGGGGGCAUCAUAACCAGGUUCUGCUUAUAAGACAAGCACCAAUGGAGGCUGGUGAUGGCAUUACAUAUACAACUCUUUUAACACGAGAAGAGCAGGUGGAAGUGCUGAACCGUCUGGACUUCGUGCUGAAAAACAUUAUAGAGCUACGAAAAGAAGUGGAGGAGCUGAAGAACAGCCUGCAGAGUUUAGCUGGGGAGAUCAUUGGAGAAGUCAAGUCCCACCUGGAAGAAACCCAGAAGGUAACUCGGCGGAGGCGAUACCCAUUUCCUAGAGAGAGGAGUGAUUCCACAGGGUCCAGCUCUAUUUAUUUCACAGCCAGCUCAAGAGGGGCCAAUACAGAUGACGGUGAAAGUGAGGGAGGGUACACCACAGCCAAUGCAGAGUCUGACUAUGACCGGGAGUCAGAGAGAGAGAGUGAGGAAGGGGAAGAUGAAGUGAGCUGUGAGACAGUGAAGACUGCACGGAGGGAUUCACUGGACCUAGUCAAUGAGGAUGAAACUGUUUUGGUCUUUGACUCUACAGUGGAGGAGGAAUUUGGUCAGCUGCUGCAGCAGGCUGACCAGCUGCAUAGCGGGAAUAACCAGGAGAAGAGGGAAGGAUUCCAGCUGCUGCUUAACAAUAAACUGGUGUAUGGAGACCAGCAAGAUUUCCUUUGGCGCCUGGCUCGAGCAUACAGUGAUCUGUAUGAAAUCACAGAGGAUGCAGACGAAAAGAAAUCAUAUGCUUCUGAUGGGAAAGAAGAGGCAGAGGCAGCCCUACAGAAAGGGGAUCAAAGUGCUGAGGGUCACCAGUGGUAUGCUAUUCUUUGUGGCCAGUUCUCAGAACAUGAAAGUAUUCAGAAGCGUAUUCAAGCUGGGUAUGUUUUUAAGGAACAUGUUGAUAAAGCAAUUGCCCUGAAACCAGAUGACCCCAAGUCUUACUAUCUUCUGGGCAGGUGGUGUUACCAGAUCGCUCAUCUGGGAUGGCUUGAAAGAAAGACUGCUUCUGCCUUGUAUGAAGCACCCCCUACGGCCACUGUCCAUGAUGCACUGCAGAACUUUUUAAAGGCUGAAGAGCUGAGCCCAGGAUUUUCCAAAGCAGGAAGGGUGUACAUUUCUAAGUGCUACAGAGACCUGGGGAAUAACUCUGCAGCUGUUCAAUGGAUGAAUCUGGCUUCAGAGCUGCCAGUUAUCACAAAUGAGGAUGAAAAAAUCAAGAGGGAGAUGGAGGAGAUGCAAGGAAUCUCAGAAGAAUAAGAGGACAACACAACUCACCUUGUUCUAUGCACAGCAAUUUCUCCCAGGAAUCUAACUGGGCUUCCUCAUACCUUUUUAAAAAAUUUUUAUUUUAGCUGGCAGCUAUCUGUGUGUGGGCAUUAAACACUUUAUUACAUGUUAUAGAAUAUCAUGUCUGAUUUGCUGUAGAGUGGGAUUACAAGACCAAACAUUUAAGCUAAUUACACACCAUCUAAUAGAAAAUGAGAUCUGAUUGCCUUUCUUAACCACUUAUACAUACGUAUUAGGGGGACAUUUCUCGGUGGGGGUGGACCUUGGCUGAGUUUUCCCUGGUCCUGUUAGGAAUCAGAGCCUGACAAUUCACCAUCCUCUGUGGAAGAGGAAUCAGAGGACUUCUAGAUCUUUUAAGCUUUUGCGUCUCCUUUUUAGCGUUUGCUUUUUUAUUUGCUUAGAGAGCGUACUAGCUCCAUCACAGCUUUAGUGAGGUCUUUUUGCAGCUAGCUUUCCCAAGGGCCUGAAGUCCCCUCUCAAGAUUUUUGAGUCCUCGCCUGCUGGGUCGCAUUCCCCCAGGGAGGGGAAAUGCUUCCAGAGUCCUGACCAAAUUGGGAAGCAGGGGGCUGUUUGAGCCCUGCUGCUUUUCCCAGGCUACUCAGGACCCAUUUUAAGAUUGGGGGGGGAGGGGAUUCGUGAUCCUGUAAGUCUCACUUCCCUGUUCUCCACUUACCCCCUAAGUCAGCUGAUUGCGGUCCUCUUCAUCCUGCCCAGAGACACCUGGUCCAUUAUUCCCGUGUUAGUUGCAGCUGCUCUGGUGGGUAGGAUCCUCAUGC